AUGGCAAAAGCAAUGGGAGUUUUGGAGCUUGACACAAUUAAAAUGCUAAAUGUAAAGGUAGAUGCUCUCACUAAUUUGCUCGCUACUCAUAACCGCGUCCUUGAAACCCAAAUUGCCCAACAAGCCUCUUCCUCCAACACUAAACCUUUAGGAAAGCAUCUUAGCCAACCAGAGUAUGUACAGAAAGAGUCUUGUAAAGUAAUUACCUUGCACAGUGGUAAGGAGAUUAAAAAGGAUAUCAAUAAGAGAAAGAGAGUGGUUAAUAAUGAUGAUAAUGGGGUAGAGAUUGAGGAAGUGGAUGUUAGAAGUAAAGAUGAUAAUGAGUGUGCAAAGAAAGGUAAUAAGGAAGAUGCCAUGAAUGAUGAACCAAUAGUAGAUGUUAAACCUCUUCCUUUUCCUCAAACGUUCAUGAGGCGUAACUUGGAUAAACAGUUUGGUAAAUUCCUUGAUUAUCUCAAGGAAAUUACUAUCACUAUUCCAUUUGUGGAUGCUAUUAGGGACAUGCCAGCUUGGGGUAAAUUUUUGAAGGAUAUUAUUAGUCAUAAAAGCAAGCUUGAAGAUUAUGGCUUAGUAUCUCUUGUUGAAGAAUCCAAAGCUAUGUACUCCAAGUCUCCACUAAAGCUUAAGGAUCCAGGUUCAUUUACAGUUACUUGUGCAAUAGGAGGUACACAUUUUGAUAAAGGUUUAUGUGAUAUUGGUGCUAGUGUUAGUCUUAUGCCUUACUCUAUUUACAAAAGGCUCAAUCUGGAUGAACUAAAGCCUACCAAUAUGUGUCUUUCCAUGGCGAAAAAAUUUGUCACAUAUCCACUUGGCAUUUUAGAAAAUGUGCUAACAAAAGUGAGGAAGUUUAUAAUACCAGCUGACUUUGUUGGAAAUGGAGGAAGACCUUGA